UUCAUUAUCCCACGCACUUGGCGAUGUGUGCCCGGCCCACUUCUUGUCGUCAGUUUUAUGCCUUGCCCUGUGUGUGUGUGCAUUGCUUCACCGACCGACCGCCUUUUUCGCCACAAGGGCAAAUCAUAGUGAUUCGUCGCCCGUGGAAUUUCGUAGGUGUACCGGUUAUAAUUACGCACGCUCAUCAUAAACACAACAUUUUGAGGACCUUAGCCAAAGCAACGGCAACAUCUGUUUCAUUUUGCUAAUCCGGGGAAGCAGUUGUGCCCGACGUAAUCGUGUGAUUUGGACGACAUAGACAGACAGAUCUCCGAGGACAGACGGAGCAUGAUUCGGGGGCCUCCAGGCUGCAUCACAGAGCUGUGCCCCUUGUGACAAUGUGCUUGUUCCGAAAGCAUGAACUGCAUACAUUUGUGGAAAAGCUAAGGACGCAGGGAAAUUUACAAAGGGCCUUGUUCUCGCAGUCUCAGGGAGCUUCUUCUGCGUUUUUAUGACAAGGGCUGUAUUAAUUUAGAACGUUUGAACCAGUUACUAGUCAUUCCAGUAGUUCUACACUAGUCUUUCCUGCCAAGCCGAGAAAAUCAAAUUUAUAUAUAAUCUUUAUUGUUUACUCACCAUACACUUUGAAACUUAACUUAUUGGAAAGUUUGAGACUUUUGAUGUACAUAUAUAUCAGGAACACAGACAGCAAGUGCCUCUGAACGUUCUGUCGUUUGUAAAAGUGUAUGGUCAAUGGUUGUGUACAUAUAGUGGACCAAGUACUUGUAGAGUUGUGAGAUCCAAGUGUUCAGUUUUAGACCAGUUGUUAAGUCACUUUUGACCUAACGAAGGAACUUAAAAUAAAACUGUGAUUGAUUUAGUUCCUCUCAUGAUUUAAGCAAUUGGCUUUUGUUGCUGUAUUUUCCCACCGGAAAAAAAAGUAGAUUCCGCAAAACAUAUUUAAGUUCAUCAUAUAUAGAACUUGCAGAGACUUUGAAGCUUUGAUCAAAGGAUUUGGAGUCUAGCGUGUAUUCAUUGGAUUACUGUGUGACUGUGUGUAUAGAUAACUGUGUACAGAAUACUGUGUGUAGACAUAAGACACAACGCACCCAACAGGAAAGUCCUGUUUGUGACUUUUCCAAAAGUUCUGAGAUUGAUCAGAAAGUGACUCUGGUUUUAAAAAGUUUUAUUUGUAGUGGGGUUUUUUAUUGUGACUUACCCGCUGAUGGUGGCAUUGGUACUGUUGCGAGACAGCACAUACACAAUGUUUGUGGAUAUGACCCUGACGGAAGGCACUGAUCUCCCGCAGCCUUGGCGGAGAAACAAGGCCUUUUCCAAAAAUCUGGGGCUGAUCUCCGAGGAGAUCAUCGACAUUGGUGAGAAUGGUUUGGUCCCCGAUGACUUCACAGAAACAGAGCUCAAGACAGGCAUGUGGUGGCGCCACCUGGUGGCAGGCGGGGCCGCGGGAGCUGUGUCAAGGACGUGCACCGCCCCCUUGGAUAGAUUAAAAGUUUUACUCCAGGUUCACGGCUCCAGCAAGAACAACCUGACCAUCAAGUCUGGCUUCAAACAGAUGCUGGAGGAGGGAGGGUUCAAAUCCCUGUGGAGGGGCAACGGAAUCAACGUCAUCAAGAUCGCUCCUGAGUCGGCCAUCAAGUUCAUGGCUUAUGAGCAGAUCAAAGCGUUGUUCAAGGGAGACAGCAACAAGGAGCUUGGCGUGCUGGAGAGACUGUUGUCUGGCUCAGCGGCCGGGGCCAUCUCACAGACCAUCAUCUAUCCCAUGGAGGUUUUGAAAACGAGAUUAGCCCUGCGCAAGACGGGUCAGUACAGCGGCAUUUUCGACUGCGCCCGCAAGGUGGCCCAGUACGAGGGCAUGGGGAGCUUCUACAGAGGAUACAUACCCAACCUGCUGGGGAUUAUUCCUUACGCUGGCAUAGAUCUGGCUAUUUAUGAGACGCUGAAGAAGAUGUACAUGAAACGCAACAAGAACCAGGACCCAGGGAUUAUCGCCCUGCUGCUGUGUGGCACCAUUAGCUCUACCUGUGGUCAGCUGGCCAGUUACCCUCUGGCUCUGGUCAGGACCAGGCUACAGGCUCAAGGUACGCUGUGUGUGUGGGUGUAUGUGUGUGUGUGUGUUUAUGUGGUGUGUGUGUGGCACCAUCAGCUCUACCUGUGGUCAGCUGGCCAGUUACCCUCUGGCUCUGGUCAGGACCAGGCUACAGGCUCAAGCUCAACAAGGCUCUAUGAAGAAGGACACCAUGACAGGAAUCUUCCGGAGCAUUCUGAAAAACGACGGGCCCCGGGGUCUGUACCGGGGCAUUGCGCCCAACUUCCUGAAGGUGGCGCCGGCCGUCAGUAUAAGCUACGUGGUCUACGAGCAGGUGCGCACCGCCAUGGGGGUCAAGAUGAGCUGAGAGGGAGGCUGGCCGCGCGACCCGUCGGCUGCUACAGGGAGUCGGAGGGCUAGGACAGUGCCUAGUGUACCACAGAAAAAUGUAGUUUAGUUUUCGCUUCUUCUUUUUUCUUUUUCUUUUUUACAAACUGUAGGGGUGUACCGCCCAAAAUUUAGACAUAUAUAUCGACUGGUCAGUGUAAGACUGUGUCGCACCCGACCCCAUCCAUAAUGGGCGCCCCGUAUUACACUGGACUGUUGAUGUAUCUCUCUCCCCCUAGUUGGUCUCGGAAUGGAAAGCGGGAUUUGUAGGUGGGUGGUUGGAGGGUGACACUGUAGGUAGGUUGGGGUUUUGUUUUUUUUUUAUUGUUUUUUUUUUAACCCUCUGUUGUUGAUGGCGGUUUGUUUUACCUUUUCCCUACGUCUGUGGUGUGACGGUGAGGCUCGCUGCCUCUGACCCACAGAAAGGGUGAGUUGAGGUGUUGUAAUAUCCCACUGGGCUUGGGUUGGCCCCCGACAGACAGUGUUAGAGCAGCCGGCCUCCUAUGUGAGCUCGGUUGUGUCCACAAAGUGCGGAAAACACUUACCCUAACGAAAAUUCAGUCUUGUCAGCUGUAUGGAAUUUCCCGGAUUUGUUCGUCGGGAAUUCGAGAAUCUUAUCGCAUACACUGCCCCCAAAACGUGUCCUUCUGGAUGUCAUUUUGUUAGUUGGUCGCUUUUAAGGACAAGCGGGCUAACCCAGAUUUCGGGGGGUUUCCAGAAAUCUUGACCUAUGCCAAAAAUGGGCUUUGUCCCACCUAUUGGAGAAGUUUGGUUUCAUUGGUGUGUAUAUUUGUUUGGUUACAGAGAAUACCGUCCUUGUCUUUUUUAAAAGAAACUGAACAAAGGGCAAAAACUUUACCUUCGAUUUUCUCAAAACAGCAUUUUUCGGGAUAGCCCCUUGUGCUAAAAAGCGACCAGUUGUCACGUAACCUGAUGGUAAAACGUCGCGGUGUUCCUCGUUGGGUUUUGGAGAAAUUGGCAAUCCUGAAAAUUCCCAAGUGUGUUGGCCAGUAAGCUAGGAAGACGUUGUUUGGUUUCAUCAUCAUCUCUUUGUUAUUGCGCAGCUGGUUGCCUCAUGUUGUCUGUGGGUCCAGGGUUUGUUUGUUGCCAGGUGCUCCACCACUUACCCCAGUGAUAGAAACAGCAGGUCGUCGGUCAGCUGGUCAAUUGUACUCAGCCCAGAAUUUUCAAUUUGAAAAAGUUAUUGCAGUUUUUUAGUCUACAGUAUUGGUUGCAUUUACUCGAGAAUUAUUUUGUCCAAAUUCUCCAGGCUGAAGGGCUAGAACCCAGAUGGUCGCUGGAUCGGAAAAGUAAAGAAAAGUAGGUAAAGUUGAAAUUCAAAUAGUUAAUUUUGGAGAGAAAAAAAAAAGAAAGAAAAAACUGGAAAUUUAGGUAUGCUUUUCAAGAGAAUGAAUGAAACGGUUCUUUCUCUCUCUCUCUUCUGUAAAAUGUUACUCAACUGUUUGGGCUCAGUACAUUUGACCAGCUGGCAGACGAUGUGUAUCCGACAGAUUACAUUGAACGUGUUAGUGCCAUGUGUCACAUUUCUCACCAUCUGAUUAGUUGGGGAUUUUUUUUUUAACCAUCGCAAAAUAUAUUUUUUUAAUGUAAAUUCUACACUGAGGCUGUGAGUAUGUGAAGGGAAUAGACCUCUGUUCAUAGUUCCAUCGAACAUCUAAAUAUAGCUGCUUCUCUGUUGUUCAUUAGAUUUUAACUGAUGUAUGACAUACGAUUCAUGAACGCACACCAGAAAGUAAAUGGACCUCCUUUUCUUUUAUCAGUGUGACAUUUAUUGAUUAGUGGGUUCAGCUUCGCUGCGUCCGUCAGUCUUGCCUCUUUGUUCUUGUACAGCUAGUAGGAUUUGUUUUCUAAAUCAAAAUGUUUGGCAAUGUUUUUGAAGGUAGAAAAGUGUCGCUGCUUUGUGAAGGGACCUUCUGAUUGGUGGAGAAACUACUACUAAUACUAGCUUUUUAAGUUAAUUUAUUUAUUUAUUUUAUUUUUUUUGUAAUCUCCCAUAUGAGAACUGAUCUAUGUGAUCAGAAAACAGUGUAGAGCGCUCCUUUUAUUCUUAGCUUUGUGUCGUAAAUAUAUUCUGUAGCUGUAUAAUUAUUAUUGUUAUUAUUAUUAUUAUAAACCUGUAGCC